AGGAGCAGAGAAAAGAGGCCACAUCAGGCACCUUUGAUUAUUGAAUCCAUCAUGUAAUUCAUGACAUAUUUAAUGUUGUAUUGCUGAGUGUAAAGGAAGAGUGGUGCCAUAGCAGCACCCUGCAGCUGUCAGAGAAUCACGGCUCUGUGCUUGUGUCGUGCAGGAACCGGGCGGACGUUAGGACCCGUGGAGUCACUCCUGUGGAAUAAUAAAAGUUGGAGGAUCCGUCGACGUGCGACGGAGUCAAAGUGUGUCUGGACCCUGCUGCUGCUGUGUGCACGUUGCAGUGGUGCAGCAGCAGCAGAAGCAGAAGCAGAGUGUGUAUCGGGGUGUGAGUGUAUGUGUCCGCCGCUGGGUGUCUUCACUCUGCAGCCUGAUCUGCUCUGUCUGUGUUUUCCGGAAGACAGGGUGUGAAACAUGGGACAGAGCUCCGGACAGCAGCUGAUCCUGAAACACACCUAACAGAGGAGAGCCUCCAUCACUGGUGCUGCCAGGGACACAGUCAGACCGGACCUGGCUGAUCCGUGCGGACCGGGAGGCUGCUGCUGCGUGUUCGGCUCUGCUGAGACCCAGAUCUCUGUGACUGCAGCCUGGCCGAGGUCACGUUGAUGCUGGUGGGCACUCCAGGGCUCUCUCACUGCCACCUGCUCCUGCACCGCUCCCACCUACUCACCCGCCAUGGCUAUGAGCAGUGACCCUGGCUGUGAGAGGCUGGACCCCGACUCUUCCACACAGGCCAGUAGUCUCACAGACAUCAUGGCUGCCAUGACCACAAAAGACUUGGAUGGCUCAGCUGCCAACAGCACGAGGAGCAGUGGGGCUCAGCAGGACGGGGCUCAGGGCAAGAGGACACACCCAAUGCGGCCUCACCUGACUGGGAGGAAGCUGUCGCUGCAGGAGAGGGGUACCUACCUGUCAGGCUCUGGAGGAAGCUACACCCACAUUUCCCCUCGUGUGGCUCGCAGGCCCACAGUGGAGUCUAAACGUGUCUCCAUAUCAGACUCUCAGGACUGUAUCCAACUGAACCAGUAUAAGCUGAAGAGUGAGAUUGGAAAGGGCUCUUACGGUGUGGUCAAACUUGCCUACAAUGAAGAUGAUGACAAACACUAUGCCAUGAAGUUGGUGUCCAAGAAGAAGUUAAUGAAGCAGUGUGGUUUCCCACGUCGCCCACCCCCAAGAGGACCAAAAGCAGCCCAGGGGGAGCAUCCCAAAAUCUUAGGACCCUUGGAAAGGGUCUACCAAGAGAUUGCCAUCCUUAAGAAACUGGACCAUGUCAACAUUGUAAAGUUGGUGGAGGUGCUAGACGACCCAUCGGAGGACAACCUUCACAUGGUGUUUGAGCUGAUGCGUAAGGGUCCAGUGAUGGAGGUGCCCACAGAUGAACCUUUGUCAGAAGAGCAGGCUCGCUUGUACUUCAGAGACGUCAUCCUGGGCAUGGAGUACUUGCACUACCAGAAGAUUGUCCACCGGGACAUCAAGCCAUCUAACUUGUUACUGGGGGACGACGGCCAUGUGAAGAUAGCAGACUUUGGGGUCAGCAACCAGUUUGAGGGCAACGACGCUUUGCUAUCCAGCACUGCUGGUACUCCUGCAUUUAUGGCACCAGAGACCUUGUCAGAUAAGCGCAAGAGUUUCAGCGGCAAAGCACUGGAUGUGUGGGCCAUGGGAGUUACCCUCUACUGCUUCGUCUUUGGGAAGUGCCCGUUUAUUGACGAGUACAUAUUGGCUUUGCACAAUAAGAUAAGGACCAAGCCUGUGGAUUUCCCAGAGACACCAAAGAUCAGUGAAGAGCUGCGGACUCUGCUCUUGCGAAUGCUAGAUAAAAACCCAGACACCAGGAUCACCCUUCCUGAGAUCAAGAUGGACCAGUGGGUGACACAGGGAGGCACUGACCCCUUGCCACUGGAGGAGGAUCACUGCUCGGUGGUGGAGGUUACAGAGGAGGAUAUCCAGAACUCAGUGAAGUUUGUUCCUAGCCUCUCUGCAGUGAUUUUGGUAAAAGCCAUGCUGAGGAAACGCUCCUUCAGUAACCCCUUUGAGUGUCCGAGCAGGCGGGAGGAGAGGUCCAUGUCUGCACCAAGCAGUCUGCUUAUGGACUCGUGGCCCUUCCGGCCCACUUUAAAACUUCACCCCUCACUCAGAAAGGGCAGCACAGGAGAAGGACCAAGAGAAGGAGAACUGGAGGACUUACAUGAAGACGAACCAUCCUCUUGAGUCUUAAUGACACUCCUGUAAACAGAGCUUUGUCUUAAAUACCAUCUGCUUUACAUCCCUUUGACUGAACCACUGCGCACUCAGGCCUUCUUCCAAGCUUUUCUUUCAAGUUAGUGACACAAUAUCAGUCUGUACGUGUGAGACUUAAAAACUCAAGCUUUUUAAUCUUACGUAUUGCUUGUGUUAACAUUCAGUUGAUCAGACUUGAUUUUCCUUUUGCUUCCAGUUAGCCUGAGAAAACCUGCUUUUACCCCCAUUUUUGCCACUCCACUGUGGAGUUUGCAAGUUUAAUCUUUCUUGUCGUAACGGCUCAACCACUUACUGUUGUGACUGGCAUCAGUGGACCAUUAGAGGAACUCUUCCAAUCCUCUGGAUCAUUACCAGUUCAAAUCAGUGUUGCAAGAAAAGAUGAGAACAUGCUUGUCAGUGGGGUUUACACUGUUGUUAAAAAAAAAAAAAAGAAAACUUUUUUUUUAAUCUUCAUGCAUGGUGAAUAAUUAGACAUGUUCAUCAGACAAUCUACAGCCAUCUGUCACCGUCACAAGAAGAAAAGACUUCAGCAUGUACAUGACAUUGUAUUGUCUCUUCAGUGAACUUGAGGGCUUUUAUUUCCUGGUCAGUGGUCAGUCAUUUUAAGAUUGUACAUAGACGUCUUGAAGUGUGUUCUGUGUGACUGUCAUGCCCCUUUUCUUGUAUCUGUGCCAUUGAUCACUUUUUUAAAAGCAAGGUCAUAAAGGUCCUUUCUGCGCUGCGUUCACAGACAUGGACUGGCACAACUUCUCUGAUUCUUUGGCUGUCGGAUGACGGUGGCUUUGCUGUGCUUGAAAACAUCUCAAAAUGACGUUCUCUGCCAUGUGAUUUGUAAUUAUGUUUGUGUUAGGGGUCAUUUCACGCUUCUUCUCCUGCUCCAACUUUUCUGCAUUGUCUGAUGAGUUCUCCUCUCCAACACUGUUGAGUUUGAUGUGUCGCUAUUGUGACAGAAAUUGGCACAUUUUGAAGUGUAUCUUGUUUGGACGGUGAGUGUGAAGAGAUGGAAAAAAAAUAAUGCGAUUGCCUAUGCUGUGUGUAUAUCCAAUUUAAAACAUAUUAUUAUACAACGUUCUUGGAUGCAGAGUGGAUUUUAAAGCAUAAGUAAUCUCAGUGUUCAAACUACACAUCGAUGAGUUCCCUUGCAGAAAACACUGAAUGAACUCAUAUGAGGUUAUCUAACGUAAAGCGAGUGCAACAAAUUUUUCAGAGGGAAAGCUGUGCAUGUUUGCUUUUUGCUCUAGACAGUGACCUUUUUUUUUUAGCAAAACAGAGAAGGUUCUUUUUAUUUUUUAAUGCCCAACAUUUUUAUGCCAGUAAUCUCUUGUGGGAUUAAUUUUUUAAAAAAAACAAAGGAAUCAGGUCGCAGUCUGUGGCUCUGGUGUGCACAGUGAGUCAUUAAAGUGCACUCUGCCAAAAUAGACCUUAUCCUUUUUGUUAGGAGAAUUUGGAUGUUGCAAUUAUGAGAAAACUAUCUCAUACUUACAGGACAAUGCACAGUAGACUAGUGGUGCAGGAACACUACAGAACCUGCCUGAGAAUAUUCAGCGUCAUCCAGUGAUUGUCAAUUAAGCAAAUGAUACAAAGCAAACAAAAAACAACAACAACAAACAGCGGAUUUGGUGUACUUGACUCCCCAAAUGUGCACAAUUAUAAGCUAUUGUUGCAGCGUAUAGAGCAGCAUUAUGCUUAUUGUUUCUAGAAAUAGAUUUCAUUUGUUCACACAGAUGAAGACUUUAAAUGUGACUCUUUUUUUUUAGAAUACUCAUUAUGAAAGAGCAAGUCAAUUACAAGAUUAGUGUAAUGACAAGACAGAUAUCUCUAUACAUAUAUAGAUGACCCAUGUUCUAAUCAAUUUCAUUGUUUUUCUGUCUUUGCCAUGAAAGCAGAAACUUCUAAUUCCACCUCAGAUUUGCAUGAUGAUUGCGAUGGUGGAAAAAAAUGAAUCCAUUAAUUUGUUAGGCUUCAAGGCUGAUCACAUGAUCUGAACUUCUCAGGCCCUGCCUUUCUCAGUUUCAACAAUACAGCACCGUAAGUCUUUUGAAAUCAGGUGGAUGCAGUUUAUUGUUGAGUCGAGGUUAAGAUCUAAGAAAAAGUAAAUAGUUUGUGCAAUGUAAAAAAUUAAAAUAUAGGAUUUAACCUCCCUCCACAAAUAUCUUGCUUGUAAUUUUCAUGCAGGCCCUCACUAGUUACGGUAGUCCUUGCUGACUGGCCCUGGCUGGUGAGGUCCAACAAACUAUGCUAAUACUGGAAAUCAUUCUAAUCCUUUGAGAUGUUGGUGUGAUGGAUACAUGAAAGAGAAGUGUAUAUAUUUUUAUGUGAUUUCACUGUUUGCCAUUCCACAUGUCUAAUGCCAGAUCUGUUAUUUGGUAAGUGAGAAAAGUUCUUCCUGAGCCGCAGCUUAGCCUCACAUACACUCCCCUCCAAAAGUAUUUAAACACUGAGGCCAAUCCCUUUAUUUUUUACUGUAGUCUGAAAACAUUUGGGUUUGACAUCAAACGAUGAAUUUGAAACAUUUCAGCUUUUAUUUUCAGGUAUUUACAUCUGGAUCUGAUACACAACUUAGACAUUCUACUUUUGUGAUGCUUUUCCAGGCUUUCACUUUUCUUUCAGUUGUUUGUUCUGGGGUUUUUUUAGCUUCAGUCUUCUCUUUAAAAGAUAAAAUGCAGUUCUAUAGAGUUUAAGUCUGGAGAUUGACUUCCACUUCUUGCCCCUGAUGAACUUCUUUGUUAUUUUGGCAGUGUGUUUUGGGUCAUUAUCUUGUUGCAUGAUGAACGAUCUCCCUAUGACUAUGGUUGCAUCUUUCUUUAAAUUGGCAGACAAAAUGUUUCUAUAGAAUUCUGAGAUAAUUUUGCUGCUGUCAUCAUGUGUUACAUCAUCAAUGAAGAGUAAAAAGUCCGUCCCAGAAAAAGACAUUCAAGCCCAAGACAUGACAUUACCUCCACUGUGUUUCACAGAUAAACUUGAACAUUUGGGAUCAUGAACAGAUCCUUUAUUUCUCCAAAUGUUAGCCUUUCCAUCACUUUGGUAAAGGUUUGUCUUUGUCUCAUCAGUCCAUAAAACUUUGUCCCAGAAUUUUAGAGGCUCAUCUCUAUACUUGGCCUUCCUGUUCCUCUUGUAAAUAAGUGGUAUGCAUCUUCUGGUGAAGCCUCUGUACUUUUUUUAAUGAAGUCUUCUGCCAACAGUAGACAAACCCUCUGGUUUUCAUGUUGGUUACACCUCUAACUAUAGAUGCAGUCUGCACAGGCAAAACCCAAAUCUGAAACUGAAUGUAAACAUUGAGCACUAUUUAUUGUUUAAAUAAUCAAGGUAAGAGGACACACCAGGGCAGCAAAACACACCUGUCAGUCACAUGUUCCAAUACUUUUGCUCACAUGAAAAAUAGGUGGGUUCAAAAGGUGCUAUCUUCUAGUUGUACAUCACAUUCAGAUGUAAAUACCUGGAAAUAAAAGCUGGAAUGAUCUCUUGUCUCAUAUUCAUUGUUUGAUGUCAAAUACAAAUGUUUUCAGUCUACAGUAAAAAUGAAGGAAUUGGCCUCACUAGUCCAAUACUUUUGGAGGGGACUGUAGGUAUUUAUGAAGCUCCUCUGCUGCCACUCUGGCGUGAUGCUCCUGUGAAAGAAAGACAUGACAGCUAGCGGAAGGCUCUGCUCCCAAUCAAUGCCAUGAUUAGGCUCAGGCUGCCAACAAACACUUCUCCGCCCACUUCAGCGCCAUCCCCAAAGUGGCUGUUUGGAAACAGAGUGCAGCCCUUUGCAUCUCUUCUAUUAGUGCUGCCGUCAGUGUCCUCCAGUGAUGCAUGAGGUGCAGUGGACGGACAGGUGGAGUCUGAAAGAAAAGCAGCUCUUCACAUGGCAUUGCUGAGCUGUUGUGUUUGGGGGUUUAUGUCCACAGAGGCAUAAAAAUCAUGGAUGACAUUGACAUUAGAGCAUAAAUUCUAUUAUCGUGUGGCUACUGGAGAAUUUAAAGCUUUGUAUUUGUUGUUUUUAUAUUAAUGUUCAGUGAAAGAUGUAAUUGAGACAAAUCUGAAUGAAAGUAAACACUGAUAGGGGUUGGAGUUAUAUGUCUGUAUGCAGAGUGGCCUUCUAUGAGGGUGUGUUUGAACCAAAAAGUGUGACAUGAUGUGUUAGAUUUGCUGUAUUUAUUUGCUUAAAACCACUUCUUACGAGUGUUCUUUUAAUCUGCCAUUUGUGUAACAGUGUCAGAGGUGCAAUAUUGUUGUCUUUGUCGUCGCUGCCUCGUUCCUCUGGUGUCAGAGCACUCAGGCCGCUCCUCCUUUAAUGUUGAGAGAUUAACACUGCUUACAUUUAAAUAUUUGCACUUUACCACUUACAGAUACAUAUUAAAGUUAUUGUGAUGACAUUGAACAGUACUGGCAGCCGUUUAACAAUGUAUAGUUUAUGAUAAAGAGGGAAAGCUGUGUGGUUCACCCAUAAAAGACCACAUUUACUGUGCUUUUUAAUGCAUUGCUCUUUGCUAUUGAUCUGCAUGUCACAGCAUUGCUACUUGGUUUUUGAGACCUUUUUAUAAUUGAUUUCUCCUGUCGGUGUUAAAAGGUUGUAACAGCUGCAAGAUUGGUUUUCAAUCGUUUUUUUGUGUGCAUAUCCAUACUAGAGCAGACUACUGAAUGAUGGAUAACUGGGGCAAAUGAACUUCUAGGUUUUACUGUUGAAAAAAUGCUGAAACACUGAAAAAAAUAACUCUUUAUGAGUACUGGAUCAGGUAGAAGAGACUGCUUUGUGUUCAGGAUCUUCUCAAGAGACACAGUAAUGGAUGAUCACAAGCUGACCUUGAUGAUGAAACAUUUAAUCCUCGAGAUAUGUUCUUACUUUAUAUUCUUCUGUUUUCUGUCUAUCACCUACUGAGUUAUCAGUAUAAAUCUACAGCACCUGUAUUUUAUUUAAGUUUACUUCCCAUAUUAAGGCAUGCAAGAAAAAGCGAACUCCUUUUUUCCUUAUUCCUUAGUCCGAUAUGUCAGCCAGUCUACAUAAGUCACAUUUCUUUCUGCCUGGAGAGAGGUCCCUUUAAAUGUUUGCCAAUUUUCACUAAAUGUUUUCUUUUUUGUACAUAUAAUACUGAAAACCCCUGAACGCAUCAUGUUUGGGUGGUUCUGCAGCACAUAAAUUCAAAUGGCCAUAACUCUGUGGCCACCUGUAAAUGCAGCACAGUUCAUCCUUCAUACUUCCAGGUUUCAGGUGGCAGAUCUGUGAUCCCCAUGCACAACAAAGGCUCAAACACACCAACUGUGCAGCCCAGACAGAGGUUUACUCUCUCAAUAAAUGCUCUCCAGCUUCAUGUUGUUGCUGCAGAGAAUCACAGGAGGGAGAAAAAUCAAUGAGUGCCGUUACCGCAGCACAGAGUGGGUGGCAGGGCUAAUUUUAUCAUGAUUUCAGGUCAUAAUUAUAUCCAAAGGAGGAGGACUGAGGGAGAGUGAGUGUGUACAUAGUAUGAAGUCAGGGACUCUGCGAUCACUGCUGUUCUGUGACUGUCCUGAUGUGUGUGAUGAAGGUGCCUGCUGUCUCUGUGUUUGUGUCUCGUGUCGUCUUGUGGAUUUCUCUGAAUGUACUCACUCGCCUGUGUCAAGUCACUAAAACAAAAGCAUGGCACAUCCCUAUGGAAUGCAGUUAUUACAAUGUAAAUAUGUACCAAUAUAUAUAUAUAUACAUAUAUAUAAUGAGCUAUUUUUUGCAUGCUUUUUGUACACCUAAACAUAAUCAAAGACAAUAAAUAAAUAAAAAACCUGAA